AAAAAAUUAUUCCGCUUCCUCUCCUUCCUCCUGCCCUUCUGUCUUGUCACCAGGGGAGAUGUCCAAGUGAAAACGGUAACACGUCCCUUUCUUUUUCCUUCCCCCUUGCUCUUUCUCUCUUGAUUGUGAUGUAAUUUUCAGUUUGAACUGAAAAUGCUCUUUGGCUUGGGUUAGAGAAGGAAAGUUUACUAGGUUCUUUGAUCUUCACUGUUUUGUACUAUAAGCUGCCAUUCUCUUCAACCCUUUUUCUUUCGAUUUUCUUAAUGGAGCUCGAUGGUGGAAAUAAAAUCUAAUUCUCUAUCUGAGGUGACUUCUCUCAGUACAUCAAUCAAUCCUUGCGGUUUUCCAGUGUACUUGGAAAAAGAAGUGAAAUCUCAUGGCUCAACGGGAAGAAGGGUGGCCGCUAGGCCUUCAACCAUUGAAUGCAAGAAUUGGGUUGGUGAGAACUCGUGAUUUCUCUGGUUCAGUUUCAUUCAGUACUUUGCUUACUGCUUCUCCCAGUUCCUCUAGCAUUUCUUCUUCAGAUCUUGACACACAGUCCACGGGAUCUUUCUUCCAUGACAAUAGCAUCACGCUUGGAAGCCUCUUAGGAGUGUCUAGCUUUCUGGAGCUUUCUAGGAGAUCAACCAGGAGAAGAACCACAGAAACCUUGAGAGACCAGAAGUCUAGGCCCUGGUUGUUCUCAUUAUGUUCAAAACAAAGCACCGACGCCGUGGACACUAACAACGCUCAGUCUCUUGGUCACUUUCUUGAAGUAGAAAGGAGAGCCGCCAACAUUUACAGAAGGAAUCAAACCCCUACUGCCUAUGAACCUGAUGAUUUCUCACAGGUAAUGCAUACUUCAGAACCCAAUUCACUCUUCAUCGGCGACCAUAUUGCUCCUCGUUCUAAUGCUGCAUUAAGUGCAGAAGAUGGUAGGAAAUCCGACAGAGAACUAUCAGAACAUGGCAAUGGAUAUGGAGUUCCAUUACUGCUUUCAUGUUUGUGUGGUCAACUCAUCAAAUGAGGACUUCUCACUGAACAUUUAUUAUGUUUUCUUUUAUAAAAUUUAUUCAUCUGAUUUUCGUUCUUUAAACUACAAAUCCAUGUCUUAACUAUACUGCUAGCAGACGAGAUUCAUUAAAGAUACGAAAGGUUUU